UUCAGAGACCUUCACGGGCCAAAAAGUCUUUCAAUCUCGACGGUAACAAUCCAGUUUAGAAUUUUUAAACGCCAAAUAUCCAAAUUCACGUGCCAGAAAUCCGAAUCCCACAGAAAUUUGUUCUCUUUUGUUUCUCUCUCUAGACUAGGCUACAAAUAAAGCAUCACUUCCUUAUUUCUUUCUAUCUCAUCUUUUGUGUUUCCUGAACUCCUAGGCUUAGAUCCGAGGAGUUUUGGAGAGAACCGAAAAACAGCCCCCACAAGCGAAAGAAAACCCUAACCCUAAAAGUUUCUACGCACCCGCAGAUCUCCAUCCAUCUUCACUAUUAUCAAUCAUGGCUGGACUGGCUCCCGAGGGUUCUGCAUUUGAUGCUCGUCAGUAUGAUACCAAGAUGAAUGAAUUGAUGGAAUCUGAUGGACAGACAUUUUUCACAUCCUAUGAUGAGGUGUAUGAUAGCUUUGACUCCAUGGGCUUGCAAGAAAACCUCCUUAGAGGAAUAUAUGCUUAUGGUUUUGAGAAGCCUUCUGCAAUUCAGCAAAGAGGUAUUGUUCCCUUUUGCAAGGGACUUGAUGUCAUCCAACAGGCGCAAUCUGGAACUGGAAAGACUGCUACUUUCUGUUCUGGAAUUCUUCAACAACUUGAUUACAACAUAGUUGAAUGUCAGGCUUUGGUUCUGGCACCUACCCGUGAACUUGCUCAGCAAAUUGAGAAGGUCAUGCGAGCACUCGGUGAUUAUCUUGGUGUUAAGGUCCAUGCUUGUGUUGGGGGUACCAGUGUUCGUGAAGAUCAGCGCAUUCUUCAGAGUGGAGUUCACGUUGUGGUUGGAACUCCUGGACGUGUCUUUGACAUGUUGCGCAGGCAAUCUCUUCGGCCUGACCAUAUCAAGAUGUUUGUGUUGGAUGAAGCUGAUGAAAUGCUCUCAAGGGGAUUCAAGGACCAGAUCUAUGAUAUUUUCCAGCUGUUACCGCCAAAGAUACAGGUUGGUGUUUUCUCUGCUACUAUGCCCCCAGAGGCCCUCGAAAUCACCCGAAAGUUCAUGAACAAGCCUGUCAGGAUCCUUGUGAAACGGGAUGAGCUCACACUAGAAGGUAUCAAACAGUUCUAUGUCAAUGUUGACAAAGAGGAUUGGAAGCUCGAAACACUUUGCGAUCUCUAUGAGACAUUGGCCAUCACCCAGAGUGUCAUCUUUGUGAACACCAGGCGUAAGGUUGAUUGGCUCACUGACAAAAUGCGUGGCCGUGACCAUACAGUUUCUGCAACUCAUGGAGACAUGGACCAAAAUACUAGGGACAUCAUCAUGCGAGAAUUCCGGUCUGGUUCAUCCAGAGUGCUCAUCACCACUGAUCUCUUGGCUCGUGGUAUUGAUGUCCAGCAAGUGUCCCUUGUGAUCAACUUUGACCUCCCUACUCAGCCAGAGAACUACCUCCAUCGUAUCGGGCGUAGUGGACGGUUUGGAAGGAAGGGUGUGGCUAUUAACUUUGUCACCAAGGAUGAUGAAAGGAUGCUUCAAGACAUACAGAAGUUUUAUAAUGUUACAAUCCAGGAGUUGCCAGCUAAUGUUGCUGAUCUUCUGUGAGGUGUGGUUUUGGUUCAAGGAGGUGAAUUGUUCUACAAUAGAAGCAGUUUAAGCUCUUUAAUUUAAUUGGAGUAACUUAUGCGCCAGACACCUAGUGUGGGUAAAUUCAGCUCCCGCUCUUUCUUUCAGUAUGGGACUGUAGUUUCUCAACAUGGUCCAAUUCUACUUUUUGAAAUUUUUGUUGAUUUUGUCCUCUUGCACUGUAAGCUUCCAAGUAAAUUGCGGAUUUUUAAAGUUGUUUGAGUUUGUGUUUUUUAUUUGAUUUGGUUUACCAAACCUGUUUUCUCAGUUUUGAGUGCUUUUUUUAAAUGGAUCAUUCCUUGUGAUCUGAUCGAGUUGAUUUUGGUAUUUUACAAGCAGUUAUGUUGCGUGUAAAUUAAUUACCUUGAGCUGUUUAAUUGGUUUCAGGCCCUCGCCCUUGAUAAUUAAGCUGUCUCUAUU